AUUAAAUAUAAGUGGAAAAUAAAACAACAACAAAAACGAUGAUGAUGCAAUCACAUUCAUCAUCAUCAACAUCACAGACAAAACACAAACAACCAUCCUCAUCAAGAUCUAAUUUAAUGUUAGUUGGACUAGAUGAAGAAUCAACAUUGAUUCAUCAACAAGAAUUACCAUCACCAUAUAGAUCACCACAGCCAUCCAUAACGACACCAACAAUUGUAACACCGACGACAAGUACGGUUAGAAAAUUUCCACAACUUAGUAUUGAUACGAGCCAUGCUCAAAAAUUGAUUAUAACCAGUACGCAUAAACAAUCAUCAUCACCACCAGAAAAUAGCCAUUAUCAUACACAAACCAAUAAUUUAAAUAAUAAUCAUCAAAUUCUAAAUGAAAGUGAUACACCAGUUCCAACACCACCUCCACCUCCCAAUAGUUUUAAACUGCCUCUUCAUCAUCAUCAUCAACAUUAUGAAUAUCCUGUGAUUGUAGAUGAUGUCGAUAUUUCUGAUCAUGAUUCUGUCCAUUCUGUGCAAGGUUCAUCAACUGCUGUCUUUUCCCAUCCUCAUCAUCAUCAUCAUCAUCACGGAUGUGCUAUUCAUUCUCAAUCAAUUAAUACGUCCGGAAAUCACCACCAUCAUCAUCAUCAUCAUAAAAAACGUCGUCAUCGUGAUUCUAAGCGACGAAGAUUUCGAUUUUCAUUUCGAACAAAAAAUUCUGUUGCUGUUUCAUUGGAAACCAUUCCAGCUCCUCCAUUAUCAACAACCACAACAAAUCUACAUCAGAAUCAUCAUCAUCUUCCGGAAAAUCAAUCAAGAGCUUACUCGAUUUCAUCAUCAACAUCAGAUCCAACCAGUUGUAAUUCAAAUUUAUUAGUCACACAACAGUCCCAUUCACAACAUCAACAAUCGCAUCAAAAAACCAUUGAUCUACAUUCGAAAAAACCAAAUGGUGGUUUAAAGUCUAAAAAGCUCAAAACUUUGGUACAUCCAUUGGAUCGUUCAAUAGUUGGCAUAUUUUUGUUGACAAUUUUUUUUACCAUUUUGGCAUUGUUGACUGGUGCACCGACUGUGCUGUUUUUGAUGAUAUUGUUGCCCAUAUUUAUCUUUAUAAAGAAAAUUUUUCAAUGUACUUUAUUUGAAAAGAUUAACAAUCAGGAGCCAGUUUCAUCAAUUGAUUCAUUUUGGCUUCAAAAAGGACAUAUCACACAUUGCCUCAUGUAUUUGGACAAAGGUCUGUCCGUUCAACAAUUACGUGAUGUUAUUGCCACACGAUUGCUGACAAAACCAGAGCUUGCCCGUUUUAAAUCACGUCUUAUUCAUCGUGGAUUAUGCGGUUCACCUUAUUGGAAAUAUGAGCCAGAAUUGAAUAAUUUUGAUGACCAUGUUAUCGAAGAUGAACCUAUUGAUUGUAAACGAUCAUUGCACAAGAGAUUGAUGACCUUUAUGGGCCAAUCAUUACCAAUGGACAAGCCUUUAUGGCAAAUCCGUUAUUCACUCGCUUCGUAUUGCGAUCAAGUUAUUCUCAUCGUUCGUGUUCAUCAAACCCUUUCACAAUCAGGAUUAGUAUCAAUUUUAACUCAUUAUCUUUGCGAUUCAGUACCCAUGUGUUCGACCCAAAAGGCUCGUUUCGGUUCCGCUACUUUGUCCAUCAAUAUUUUGCGUGCAAUCAUUGUAGGACCAUUAACAUUUUUUCUAUGGAUAAUGUGGGCGUUCACUCGACGUCAUCACAACUAUUUAACCAAAGCUAAAGAAAUCAAGUCAAUACAUUGGUCAGCGUUAGAUUUACCAAAGAUUUACAGAAUCAAACAAGUUACCCGAAGCACUCUUAACGAUGUUCUAUUAGCCUGUAUUGCCGGUUCUAUUCGUUCAUAUCUAACCACCAAAACUAAUAUCAUUAAUCCUCCAGAUUUAACGGUUUCAAUUCCGGUCGAUAUAAAACCACAGACGCCCAUUGAAUCAAGCUUAACUGGUGUUAAUUAUGUUUUAACUUCAUCACCCAUUCCCACGAAUACGGAGGGUGCCAUUCCUCGAUUAUGGGAAGUACGUCAUCUUAUGGAAGAGCUUAAAACUUCGGCUGAUACAGCAGUAAUGUAUGGCUCCCAUUAUCUAUUGAGUCGAUUCCUGCCGCAGUGUCUAUAUCGUGUUCUGAUGAAUCUUGUCAAUCGAAAUUCUUCGGUGUACAUGUCGAAUAUGACAGGUCCAGAAACCGCAUUAAGUAUUGGAUCACAUCGAUUGAACAAAGUAUUCUAUUUUUUAUCGCCGCCUUCAUACUGUUCGCUAGUUUAUAAUAUUUUCAGUUAUGAUCAAAAGCUUCACAUAUCUAUUUCAACCAGUUCGAAAUUAAUUACCAACUCAAAGGAAUUAAUGCGUCAUUUUCGUGGUCAAAUUGAUACGCUUCAUGAGCUCUUAUCAAAACGACGUGUUCCUGGCGAAUCUAAACGCGCAAAAAGGCCAACGUUUCUUGGUGAUCAAUUGGCUGCUCAACAACAACAAUUAUACGGUAAUCAACCAGCUACUUCACUUAUUGAAGUUUCAUCAGCAGGUGGAUCUGUCGAUCUUUCCGACAAACUUCAUGAGAUUCAAGAUGAGCUUAAUCAAUUAUCCGGAGCUUAUGAAAUGGGUGAUCCUGCUGUUGUCCAACGUUAUGAAGAAUUGAAAGAAGAAUUCACGACUAUAUUGUAUGAAAUGCGUCGGCGUAAAUCUUUGGCUGAUUAUGGCCAUGCUAGCAACAUCGUCAUUAACAUUGAGAAUCAAGAUGAUGACGAUAAUGAUGGAGAAUUGAGAGCGAUAGCAUCUCGUAGAUUUUCCGUGGUUAGUCUUGGUCGUCGUGCAUCAAUUGUUUCAAGUUUACCGACAACAUCACGAGUAACACCACCAAUAUUAUCAAGACGAUCAAUGGCUACCAGUCCAGAACCACCAUCUAGUCCGGAAGUUGCUUUCAAAGUUGAAACAGAAUGUUAAAUUCAUCAAAAUUAAUCAGAUUCGAACCAAUAACACCAUAUAAAUGAAAACCUAGCUGUGAUUUUCAUGAAAGUUUUUU